GUCGAGGAGCCAUAGCCGCCAUUUCAAGAUUGCGAGAGGUAAAUGCCCAACCGGAGUUCCUAAGGUUCGAGGCUUGCAACUGCUGCCGCUACUUAAGCUUUACCAAACACCGACACGGCAGCGUUAAACCUUCCUACUGCCUUCCGAAGUAUUAUUGCCAGUUGUGGCGACAGUAGGAGCCAAUCACUCCUUACUUACUCUCCUUCAAGAAGCUCCAGAUGGCGUCUUCCGUGGGCAACGUGGCCGAUAGUACAGAACCAACGAAACGUAUGCUUUCCUUCCAAGGGUUAGCUGAGUUGGCACAUCGGGAAUAUCAGGCAGGAGAUUUUGAGGCAGCUGAGAGACACUGCAUGCAGCUCUGGAGACAAGAGCCAGACAAUACUGGUGUGCUUUUAUUACUUUCAUCUAUACACUUCCAGUGUCGAAGGCUGGACAGAUCUGCUCACUUUAGCACCUUGGCAAUUAAACAGAAUCCUCUUCUAGCAGAAGCCUAUUCCAAUUUGGGGAAUGUGUACAAGGAGAGAGGGCAGUUGCAGGAGGCAAUUGAGCAUUAUCGACAUGCAUUGCGUCUCAAACCUGAUUUCAUCGAUGGUUAUAUUAAUCUGGCAGCCGCUUUAGUAGCAGCAGGUGACAUGGAAGGAGCAGUACAAGCUUAUGUCUCUGCACUUCAGUACAAUCCUGAUUUGUACUGUGUUCGCAGUGACCUGGGGAACCUGCUCAAAGCCCUGGGUCGCUUGGAAGAAGCCAAGGCAUGUUAUUUGAAAGCAAUUGAGACACAACCGAACUUUGCAGUAGCCUGGAGUAAUCUUGGCUGUGUUUUCAAUGCACAAGGGGAGAUUUGGCUUGCAAUCCAUCACUUUGAAAAGGCUGUCACUCUUGACCCAAAUUUUCUGGAUGCUUAUAUAAACUUGGGAAAUGUCUUGAAAGAAGCACGCAUUUUUGACAGAGCUGUGGCAGCUUACCUUCGUGCCCUAAGUUUGAGUCCAAAUCAUGCAGUGGUGCACGGCAACCUUGCUUGUGUAUACUAUGAGCAAGGCCUAAUAGAUCUGGCAAUAGACACGUACAGGCGAGCCAUUGAACUGCAACCACAUUUCCCUGAUGCUUACUGCAACCUAGCCAAUGCUCUUAAAGAGAAAGGCAGUGUUGCUGAAGCAGAAGAUUGUUAUAAUACAGCUCUCCGUCUGUGUCCUACUCAUGCAGACUCUCUGAACAACUUAGCCAACAUCAAACGAGAACAGGGAAACAUUGAAGAGGCAGUUCGCUUGUAUCGGAAAGCAUUAGAAGUCUUUCCAGAGUUUGCCGCUGCCCAUUCAAAUUUAGCAAGUGUCCUACAACAGCAGGGCAAAUUGCAGGAAGCUCUGAUGCAUUAUAAGGAAGCUAUUCGAAUCAGCCCUACCUUUGCUGAUGCUUACUCUAACAUGGGAAAUACUCUGAAGGAGAUGCAGGAUGUUCAGGGGGCUCUGCAGUGUUAUACACGUGCCAUACAGAUUAACCCUGCAUUUGCAGAUGCCCACAGCAAUUUGGCUUCCAUUCACAAGGAUUCAGGGAAUAUUCCAGAAGCAAUAGCUUCUUAUCGUACGGCUCUGAAACUUAAGCCUGAUUUUCCUGAUGCUUAUUGUAACUUGGCUCAUUGCUUACAGAUUGUCUGUGAUUGGACAGACUAUGAUGAGCGAAUGAAGAAAUUGGUCAGUAUUGUGGCUGACCAGUUAGAAAAGAAUAGGUUGCCUUCUGUGCACCCUCAUCAUAGUAUGCUGUAUCCUCUUUCUCAUGGCUUCAGGAAGGCUAUUGCUGAGAGGCAUGGAAACCUCUGCUUGGAUAAGAUUAACGUCCUUCAUAAACCACCAUAUGAGCAUCCAAAAGACUUGAAGCUCAGUGAUGGUCGAUUACGUGUAGGAUAUGUGAGUUCUGACUUUGGGAAUCAUCCUACUUCUCACCUCAUGCAGUCUAUUCCAGGCAUGCACAAUCCGGAUAAAUUUGAGGUAUUUUGUUAUGCCCUGAGCCCAGAUGAUGGUACAAACUUUAGAGUGAAGGUGAUGGCAGAAGCCAAUCAUUUCAUUGACCUUUCUCAGAUUCCAUGUAAUGGAAAAGCAGCUGAUCGCAUCCAUCAGGAUGGAAUUCAUAUCCUUGUAAAUAUGAAUGGGUAUACCAAGGGUGCACGAAAUGAACUCUUUGCUCUCAGACCAGCUCCUAUUCAGGCAAUGUGGCUUGGCUAUCCUGGUACUAGUGGUGCACUUUUCAUGGAUUAUAUCAUCACAGAUCAGGAAACCUCACCAGCGGAAGUUGCUGAGCAAUAUUCUGAGAAACUGGCUUAUAUGCCUCAUACUUUCUUUAUUGGUGAUCAUGCUAAUAUGUUCCCUCAUCUGAAGAAAAAAGCAGUCAUCGAUUUUAAGUCCAAUGGGCACAUUUAUGACAAUCGGAUUGUUCUGAAUGGCAUUGACCUCAAAGCAUUUCUUGAUAGUCUACCAGAUGUGAAAAUUGUCAAGAUGAAAGCUUGUGAUGGAGGAGACAAUGCAGACAGCAGCAACUCAGCUCUUAAUAUGCCUGUCAUUCCCAUGAAUACUAUUGCUGAAGCAGUAAUUGAAAUGAUUAACAGAGGGCAGAUCCAGAUUACAAUUAAUGGGUUCAGUAUUAGCAAUGGACUGGCAACUACACAGAUCAACAAUAAGGCUGCAACUGGGGAAGAGGUUCCUCGUACCAUUAUUGUAACCACCCGUUCUCAGUAUGGGUUACCAGAAGAUGCUAUAGUGUACUGUAACUUUAAUCAGUUGUAUAAAAUUGACCCUUCUACAUUGCAGAUGUGGGCAAAUUGCUUCGGAUUGAACCCAGGUUCUUGUGCAUGCCAGAUUCUGAAACGUGUACCCAAUAGUGUGCUCUGGCUGUUGCGUUUUCCAGCAGUAGGAGAGCCCAAUAUUCAACAGUAUGCACAAAACAUGGGCCUUCCACAGAACCGUAUCAUUUUUUCACCUGUUGCUCCUAAAGAGGAACACGUCAGGAGAGGCCAGCUGGCUGAUGUUUGCCUGGACACUCCACUGUGCAAUGGACAUACCACAGGGAUGGAUGUCCUCUGGGCAGGAACACCCAUGGUCACUAUGCCAGGAGAGACUCUUGCUUCUAGAGUUGCAGCUUCACAGCUUACUUGCUUAGGUUGUCUUGAGCUUAUUGCUAAAAGCAGACAAGAAUAUGAAGAUAUAGCUGUGAAACUGGGAACUGAUCUAGAAUACCUGAAGAAAAUUCGUGGCAAAGUGUGGAAACAGAGAAUAUCUAGUCCUCUAUUUAACACCAAACAAUACACAAUGGAACUAGAACGGCUCUACCUACAGAUGUGGGAGCAUUAUGCGGCUGGCAACAAACCUGACCACAUGAUUAAACCUGUUGAAGUCACUGAAUCAGCCUAAAUAAAGACUGUGCACGGGAGAAUCACUCCUAUACCUGAGCCUCAACCUUCUGGGGGAAAGGGAACUAGUUAACAUACUUCUUACUUAUCUGUACAGUAUCAUGUUGCAGAUGGGUGAUAUAUAAUGAUAAUAGAAUAGCACAGCCAGACUUGCUUCCUGCAUGAUAAGGAGAAACACAAGAGAUGGGAAACUGCUGUUCCAUAAGGAAUCUCUAGAUUUGCAGCAACCAGGUGGUGCAUAGGUCUGGAAGGUCUAUUCUCCCUUGGUCUUCCAUGGGAUGGUUAGUGUGGAGGGGAGAUAGAGAUUGUCCAGCCAUUUUGUGAUUCCAUGGAUUGAUCAAGUCUUCUGAAUUAUUUUUUUCUUUAUGCUUUGUGAUAUUGGAGCUUUUAAAAAUGUUUGGUUUCAAGUAUUUUUACUCAUGUGAAGUGAUUUGAUUCUUUCUGAGAUAAGGUUUUAAGCUAAAAUGUUGCUCCCUGUAUUAGUUUGUGAGCGGACAGAUUAACAGGGACUUUGCUGGUGUAGUCUUUUUAUAGGUUUUAUAAACCACUUGAGCCUAUAUCAGUCAUUUUAGUGUCUGACCUAAAUGUUUGGAGCUAUCAGUGCUUUGUUGAUUUAGAUGAUGACUCAGAUUUUUUCCCAAUCUAUCUCCCCAGUUCCUCCUUUUCCCCCAUGACCCUUCAAAAAUUCUCCUGUAAUUACUAACAAAACCAAGUCUGAAUCAAGAUAACCCAGAGUGUUUCCCUUUAACACACCAUCUGGUGCCAAAUGGAAAAUCUUAGAAGUUAUUAAUCAUGAAGGGCAUAUUUGUGGUACUGUCAUUUAUAAUACAGAGGGUUUGUUUUUUUUUUUUGCCUAAUUUUGACCUGUUUCACCAGUGUUUUACUCUUAACUGGACUGCCCCUUCUAUGCUGCUUCCAAAAGUGAUAGUGUAUGUAAGAUUUUUUUACCUUUCAAAAUUUGUUUUUUUUUUUUAAAGUGAGUCCUGUUCUUCCUAUUUCUUUCAACAGAAAUGAAACCCCAGGUAAGUAUAAGUAUUCAAAUAUUUGAUUAGUAAGUUGCAGUUAUCUCCAAUACAUUAAGUAAUGUUUAUUGAAAAGAUUGUUAUAAGUAAGAUCUCUGAAGGACCAUCAGUGUAUACAAGUGAUUAUUUUUCAGACUUUGUUAGUAUAUUAUAUAAUAACUGUCUCUGGACUUAAUCUUAAAGUCUGUAUGGAUACAGCCUCAGUAGUACUUGGUUUGGAGUACAAAUUAGAUAUUAGCCCUCCUAGAACUUUACCUUCUUGGUGUUAAAAACCAUAGGAAUAAAGUUAUUGAAUUUUAAGAAUAGAUUGAGGGCUUGAGGCUUCAACAAGCCAACAUAUGAAUAUAUGUUUUGUCUUGCUGUACUGCACUUACGCUAUCCAGUCACAGAUCAUUUUUGUCUGCUACUAGUGUUCCAGAUUAUGUCUUUCCAAAGCACUGAGGCAGUGCACCUAUUCUGUAGUUGCAGCUGUUGCCUGAAUGUAUCCUAUUUGACAACUUAUUGAAUAAUAAGAACUUGAAUUUCUGAAAGAUUCUUAUUGCUAACCAAAAUCUCAGCAAGAAGUUUCAGAUGUAAUUCUGAACCAGAAUUACAUGUUAAUGAACUGUGUACCUUUUAAUAAUGUAGAUCAAGAAAUGUCAGUUAAAGGAUUUAAUUUAUUUUUUAUCUGAAAUAUCAGUGAAAGGUUGCCAGCAUGGUUACAGAUAACUGAUCGAAAUUCACUCAGCGUGGAAUAGGAUAAUAUACUUUCAAUGCCAUCAAGGCUGUGAUCUUACAGCUACUUUACAUAGCACAUCAUUCCUAUUACAGGGAUGAACUUUUCUCCUGGCACGAAAAGUAGCUGUUCUGGUCGAAGCUUUGCUUAUUGUAAUAGGCUUUUAUUUCCAGGUAACAUGUCUGUGGGAGACUUAAUUCUGAAUAGAGAUAUAGAUAUUACUGGAAACUAAUUGUUUUUUUCUAUUAUACUCUGCUUUAUCAGAAAGUAAAGCAUUUAAAUUGUGCUACAGAAAUUCAGAUGUUGUCUUGUGAUCUUUAAAAAAAAUAAAGGAAUGAUUUCCCCUUAA